AUGGAAAUCGAACCGAACUACACGUUUGUGCCUCUUGUACAAAAGAAUUAUUUGGGAAUUAACGAUAAAGCUAUACAACAACAUCUUGCUAAAUGGGGAAUAAAGGGCAAUUUUGUUAUACAAAAUUUUUCAUUCAAUGAACCUUUUCAACAGUAUCACAAAUAUCAUUUAGCCGAAGCUUUCUUUAAAGAUGCUACAGUUUCAAAGGUAUUAUUAACAAAACAACGGAAUGGUUGGGUAAAGCAAGGUAUAAUAGCGACAACAGUAGAAAUAAAACCUGUGCCGUGUUCUGUUUUAAAUAUGUCAUUUUUCAAUAAACUAAAAGAUUUCGAAAACGGAGUUAUACACAAGUCUGGGACCAUUUGCAAAAGAUAUGAUAUGGAAAUAGAUGGUUUUCUAAUUUCGGAUAAUCUUAGAGGAAUGUUAUUGGAUGAAGAUUGUCCACAAUAUAAUUUAUAUUUCAAAGAUGAGAAAGAAGAAUUUAUAUUUCGUAUUUUUCAAUUGCUUAUUCUUGGAGGGGUAUUGUGUCAAUAUGAAGAUGUUUUAGAUCCAUACCUAGAAGUUACAAAAUCUAUUUAUAAAGAUUUAAUCAGGGUACAAAAAGACAAAGACUCAGAUUUGUCAAUUAGUACCUUAGUUUUGGAAAUAAUAGCCAAAGAUAAUAGAGGACAAGCAUAUUUUCCGUAUGAUCCAUUUCAUACACAAAAUGUUGGAUUCUUACUAGUAGAUAGUGUUACUCGCGAAAUUACAACAUUCUUACAUCAAUUUGGAGAAUAUUGUAUUUCCGAGUGA